UCCCCCUCGGUGACCUCCCUCGGGGAGGGAUUCAAGAUGGAGGCCAUCCGGCCUCCCCUCCUCGGUGGCCUCCCUCAGGGCUGGGUCCAAUAUGGCGGCUGUUUGGCCCCUGGGCCCGGCCUCUCCCUCAGGGUUGGGUUCAAGAUGGCGGCCACCUGGCCCCCAGCCUUUCCCUCAGGGCCGGGUCCAAGAUGGCGGCUGUUUGGCCCCCCGGGCCUGGCCUCUCCCUCAGGGCUGGGUUCAAGAUGGCGGCCACCUGGGCCCAGCCUCCCCUCCUGGGUGGCCCCCCUCAGGGCUGGGUCCAAGAUGGCGGCUGUUUGGCCCCUGGGCCCGGCCUCUCCCUCAGGGUUGGGUCCAAGAUGGCGGCCGCCUGGCCCCCAGCCUUCCCUCAGGGCUGAGUCCAAGAUGGCGGCCUCCUGGCCCACAGCCUCUCCCUCAGGGCCGGGUCCAAGAUGGUGGCCGUCCAGGCCCAGCCUUUCCCUCAGGGCCGGGUCCAAGAUGGCGGCCGCCUGGCCCCCAGCCUUUCCCUCACGGCCGGGUCCAAGAUGGCGGCCUCUUGGCCCCCAGCCUCUCCCUUAGGGCCGGGUCCAAGAUGGCGGCCGUCCAGGCCCAGCCUUUCCCUCAGGGCCGGGUCCAAGAUGGCGGCCUCCUGGCCCCCAGCCUCUCUCUCAGGGCCGGGGCCAAGAUGGCGGCCGUCCAGGCCCAGCCUUUCCCUCAGGGCCGGGUCCAAGAUGGCGGCCAUCCAGGCCCAGCCUUUCCCUCAGGGCCGGGUCCAAGAUGGCGGCCGCCUGGCCCCCAGCCUCUCCCUCAGGGCCGGGUCCAAGAUGGCGGCCUCCUGGCCUCCAGCCUCUCCCUCAGGGCUGGGUCCAAGAUGGUGGCCGUCCAGGCCUAGUCUUUCCCUCAGGGCCGAGUCCAAGAUGGCGGCCUCUUGGCCCCCAGCCUUUCCCUCAGGGCUGGGUCCAAGAUGGUGGCCGUCCAGGCCUAGUCUUUCCCUCAGGGCCGGGUCCAAGAUGGCGGCCUUCCAGGCCCAGCCUUUGCCUCAGGGCCGGGUCCAAGGUGGCGGCCGCCUGCCCCCCAGCCUUUCCCUCAGGGCUGAGUCCAAGAUGGCGGCCUCCUGGCCCCCAGCCUCUCCCUCAGGGCCGGGUCCAAGAUGGCGGCCUCCUGGCCCCCAGCCUCUCCCUCAGGGCCAGGUCCAAGAUGGCGGCCGUCCAGGCCCAGCCUUUCCCUCAGGGCCGAGUCCAAGAUGGCGGCCUCUUGGUCCCCAGCCUCUCCCUCAGGGCUGGGUCCAAGAUGGCGGCCUCCUGGCCCCCAGCCUCUCCCUCAGGGCCGGGUCCAAGAUGGCGGCCGUCCAGGCCCAGCCUUUCCCUCAGGGCCUAGUCCAAGAUGGCGGCCUCCUGGUCCCCAGCCUCUCCCUCAGGGCCGGGUCCAAGAUGGCGGCCUCCUGGCCCCCAGCCUUUCCCUCAGGGCAGGGUCCGAGAUGGCGGCCUCUUGGCCCCCAGCCUUUCCCUCAGGGCCGGGUCCAAGAUGGCGGCCAUCCAGGCCCAGCCUUUCCCUCAGGGCCGAGUCCAAGAUGGCGGCCUCCUGGCCCCCAGCCUCUCCCUCAGGGCCGGGUCCAAGAUGGCGGCCUCUUGGUCCCCAGCCUCUCCCUCAGGGCUGGGUCCAAGAUGGCGGCCUCCUGGCCCCCAGCCUUUCCCUCAGGGCCGGGUCCAAGAUGGCGGCCGCCUGGCCCCCAGCCUUUCCCUCAGGGCCGGGUCCAAGAUGGCGGCCUUCCAGGCCCAGCCUUUGCCUCAGGGCCGGGUCCAAGAUGGCGGCCUCCUGGCCCCUAGCCACUCCCUCAGGGCCGGGUCCAAGAUGGCGGCCUCUUGGUCCCCAGCCUCUCCCUCAGGGCUGGGUCCAAGAUGGCGGCCUCCUAGCCCCCAGCCUGUCCCUCAGGGCCGGGUCCAAGAUGGCGGCCUCCUGGCCCCCAGCCUUUCCCUCAGGGCCGGGUCCAAGAUGGCGGCCUCCUGGCCCCCAGCCUCUCCCUCAGGGCCGGGUCCAAGAUGGCGGCCGUCCAGGCCCUCAGCCUCUCCUUCAGGGCCGGGUCCAAGAUGGCGGCCUCCUGGCCCCCAGCCCCUCCCUCAGGGCCGGGUCCAAGAUGGCAGCCUCCUGGCCCCCAGCCCGUAAUGAUAAUAAUAAUAAUAAUAAUAACGAUAGUAUUUGUGAAGCGUUUACUA